UGAUAGUGAAAUCUAGAGCGCACAUAAUAACAUACUAAUCAUAACGAACCCCCAGAGCGAACCGCGUAAUAAUAAUGUUGCUCCGUACCUACAUACACACAUCAUCUCGUACACGAGCGGCUGUGUUCCUAUUUUAAACGCACAACGCUCCUCUCCCUCUCGGAGCAAUAUAACGCAGGCUCAACUGGACAUCGAUGAAUCUGGUAUUCGCAAUUUAAAAGCUCUCUCUUUUAGCAUGUGGUCGAGUAAGACAACCCAACCAACCCAUAUAUACUAGGUAUAUAUAUAACUAUCUGAGUUAUAAGACAAUUUUUGGACAUGGCGCUUACGAAAGGGUGUCAGCAAUAUCACCACCACCGUUCCCUUACUGUCAUAAAUACCCCGAGGAGAAUUGGUCUAUAAUAUCAGAAACCCCUCGGGACAUAUCACAGGCCAAAACCCCUCGCACAAUGGCACCGAGUCAGGAUUCCGGCUUUCAAUUCAUCACCUCCAUUAACACGGUGGCGCGCGAUGACGAGACACGCCGAAAGGUGCGCUCGCACGCACGGCGGCAAAAGCUGCCCAACGGACCCAGCCAGCCGCCGCAGGGGACGAAGAAGUCCGGGUCGCAGAAGGACCACACGUCGAAGUUCCGGGUGAAGCCCAGCGGCGGGAAGCAGGAGGCGGUGGCGAGGCAUGAGAGGAAGUUGAAGAAGACCAACUGGCUUGCUGUAAGCGUCGCAAAGGAACUCCCGAACUUCACGCUGCUGCAUAUAGAAAAGACCCCUCUUACGGAGACCCUGCUCAAAUACUGUAUGGCCGUAUGCUUAUCGCCGCAGCAAGACGUUGUAGAGAGAUGGUUCGACCGUACCGGGGCGCCGACGUAUUUGAACACAUAUUACUCCGGGUUCCUUGCGAACGCUUUCGCGAUGAACCCCGAGGGGACUUGGGUCCAAGCUCUUCAACUUGAUAAAGCCGCUACGCAUGCAUUCAUCGCGAUGAUAGCGGCGAUGCAUAAUUCGCUUGCGGUGUGGGCGGACACGAGUACCAUCGAUUUCCACCGAUUCCAAGCGGUCAAAUCUAUCAACGAGAGGUUAAACCUAGAGGGCAAAGACGAUAGCAAACCUAUCUCAGAUGGGCUAGUUGUCGCCGUUGCUCUCCUCGUUAAUAUCGAAGCCUUCAUCGGCUCGCUAGCUGCAGCGGCAGCACACAUGAGCGGCCUGAAAAGAAUGGUCGAUCUCAGAGGCGGUAUCGUCGAAGGUUUCCAACAUAGCACUAUCCUUCAACGGUCAAUAUCAUGGGCUGACUACUCCUACGCAACCGCGGCGCACAAACCCGUAGUCUUCCCCUUCAUCCCGCAACUCGCAUCUUCGCUCGCCCUACACGACCAAUUCACAAGUCGGUCGAUGCUAGCGAACAUGGAACCGCUCGGGUUCAAGGACCUAACGAUCCAAAACCGCGAGGCGGUCGAGUUAUUCGAGCUUUUGUACUCUAUCACCGAGUGCAUAAACAGCUUCGACUACGCCAGCCUCGAGAGCACAUACGGCCAGCGCAUCCAAGUCAGCGACUCCAUCUACAUGGUCGAAUGGCGCCUAUGCCAACUAGAAGAGCUAUUACGGUCGCAGAAUUCGUGGAAGAGAGCCGGCUCCGCUCCAUUGCUGACAUCGAUCGAAGAACCAGAGAGGCGGUACCCUUCGCCGACCGAUCUAUCAGAAGUAUUAUUGUACGCGGCGCAUUUAUUCCUCCACCUCGCCAUCAGGGGCCAGCCCCCAUCAGCGCAACGGCACCGCGCACUGGGAGAUGCACUGAUGUCUGCCCUCUGCGACCCCAUCCUAUCAUUAGAUCUUUUAUCACCGCCCAAAGGCUACGAGGCGCCGGAGUCCCAAAUAAGCCUAGGCAGCGCGGUGCAGCCCCCACAAGGCAGCAUAUCCACAUAUGCCCCUCCGUCCGAGCUCGCGCAAGCCAGCACAUCUCGGCUACUUCUCAAAGACGAGCUGCACGCCAACAUUCUGUUAUGGUCGCUGUUCAUCGGGUCCUGCAUCCGCAUCCCUGUAGCGCUGGAUUCCUCUGUUCUGCAGGGCGACCAGCACGACUUCUUCGUGAACGCGUUAAAGAAUUACUGUCGGAUGCGUGGCAUCAUCGAGCGAGAUGUGUUCGAAGCCAAGCUCAGGGAUAUCAUGUGGCUCCACAGCUGGUGUGAACAUCAGUUAGGCCUGGUCUGGAUGGAGAUCGGGAACGACCUUAGACCGUGGGUCACCGUAGCAGGCGAGCGCGUGAAUGCGAACGUUGACCGUUCACGUUAAACGUGAACCAUAAUUAACAGGAGUUGAGAAUCCGGAGUCCGCGUUGCUGGGAAUGAAGCAUAAUGUUUAAUCGUGUAAUGAUAGGCUGGUUCACAAAGGAAAAAAAGUACUGCUCGCUGGAAUAGUAUCGAGCUUCUUCCCCCUGUCGGAUCUAACAAGUCUUGUUAAUUAUUGGAUUGGAUUGGACUGGAUUGGUUCAAAGUUGUUGAACCUCUAAGGAUACCUACCUACCUCAUACC